UCACGCCCUUCGACGCAGACAUCUAACUUGACGGUUAUCUUAAUAUAUAGAUGACUGAUGUUCAGAACAGACACUUGUACGUCAUGUGUAGUUUGAUGAACAAUACUUUGUAAAAAUUCACUGGAAAAAACUUUCAAGCAUGUGGAGACUAUUUGUGCUGCUGCUAUUACCAUUAAUGUUUGAGGAUUCACUUCAAGAUUCAGCAUCAAUAUAUUCCAGCAUCAAAAUGCCAAAACAUUCAAUUCAGCCAAAAACGUUUUCUGGAACAAUAGCGUUCAAUGGUUCCCUGUUCUCCAACACAUCUUUCCAGCAGCCUGUGAUAAACGCCAAUGCUACCGUCAUCAAUUACACCACUGGAGUUGUCAGCACUAGGAUCAUUCCAUCCGCGUACAUCCUAGCCAUCCUCGUGGGGAUCCCCUCUAACGUCUUUGUGUUGGUUUGCCUCAGUGGAAGAAAGAAUCUUUCCAGCAGUAUCCUAUAUUUUAGCCUAGCAGUUUCAGACCUUCUCCUGCUACUUUCCCUCACACUCAGAGUCCACUAUCACUUCAACAACAACAACUGGAUCUUUGGAGAGCUGGCUUGCAAGGUGGUGACUGCCUGCUUUUAUGGUAACAUCUACUGCUCGAUCCAUGCCCACAUGUGUAUUAGUGUGAUGCGCUACCUUGCAGUGGUCCACCCGUUCCUCUACAGGACAAUGUCGAAACAGUACUGUGCGAUCUGGGCGAGCUUAACCAUUUGGGUGGUUUUAGCUAUUGCGAUGGCACCAGAGUUUCUGGUUCAGCAAAGCUACAGCAUUUCUGGGUUAAAGUUGGUGAUGUGUCAUGAUAUCCAGCCCUAUAAAGAAGCGCCCUACAAAGCUUUAAUUCCAUACAGAUUGAGUCUGAUCUGCCUGGGGUUCAUCCUGCCAUCGCUGGUCAUUGCAUUUGUUUACGGAUCCAUCAUCUACCACCUAAAUCGUUCCAGUCGUGACUGGAAGCACUACAUGAAGGCCAGCACAUUGGUGUUUGGGAUCUUUUUAGUGUGUUUUGCUCCAUGUAGUACACUUCUUUUUGCACACUAUGUGAAGCUGUACACUGAGGAACAGUAUGACUUGUAUUAUUACUACAGAAUAGCCGUAUGUUUGUGUUCCUUCCACAGCUUUCUGGACCCUUUCCUCUCUUGUCUCCUCGCAAAGACUUCAACUUCCCGAGUCAAGUUUAGAUCAUUUAGCUCUAGACCUUUGAAAGCUUUGUCCACUGCCUAAGGCCUUCUAAAUAACAGGAUGUUUUUGUUGCGGACCCUGUAAGGGGGGCUUCCUUAUCUAAAAUGGCUUAACAGUGGUUUAAGGAUGAUAUGGUUGGACUUCCCACUUUGUACUUUAGUAGAGGCUCAUUACUUUGUACGCAAGUGAAGGAAGUUGGAAACUCAAGCUGUAACCAUAAAACAAAGUCAAGCUGAAUACAAAGAACUGUUUAAGUAAUUCAAAUAAGAGAUGUAACCUCUUAGACAUUUCAUUGUUUCAGAGCUGUUAUUCUAUUUCACC